UAUACUAAGCUUUGUUCUCAAGCACUACUUUGAGGAAAAAAGGUAGCUUCUUGAUCCACAGUGGUAAGCAGACGCUUCUCGAGAAAUAUCAAUCUUUAGUUCUUGAUGCAAUCUCAGUAGGAAGCUGUAAAGGAAUAAGAUCCCGUUCAAGUUUAAGCGAUCAAAGGUGAGAUUCGAUUCUCCUUGUCUGACACGAGUGAAGCUUUCUUGAUCUAUAAAUGGAACAAGCAGCCCCGGAAAGCUCACCGACGGCUAUCCAUUAGAGCCUCUGAUCAUGCCAUCCAUCAUCCCGAGCUUGUUCGGUCGCAGGACGAACAAGCUAAGCGCGCAGGAGCCCCUUUCCGGCGACAUCUGGGAGCCUCUCGGACGCUUCUCGUUCGCUACCACCACACUGGCGGUGUCUCCGCACGAGACGGCGGACAUGGACUGGAAGGAGACUCCCGAUGCGCAUGUCUUCAUCACUGACCUCCCGGGCGUAAGGAAGGAGGAGGUGAACGUGGAGGUGGAGGAGGAGAAGGUGCUCAAGAUAAGCGGGCGGCGGGUCAAGGAGAGCGAGGAGAAGGGGGACAAGUGGCACCGCGUCAAGCGCAGCGCCCACAAGUUCUGCCGGACUGUGAGGUUGCCGCACGACACCAACACGGAUGGCAUGAAGGCGAAGCUGGAGAACGGGGUGCUCACUGUGACUCUGCCCAAGCAGCAAGAGAGGAAGGCCCCAGUAAGGUUCCUUCAGAUCGAAGGCUAAGAAAUCUCUUGAAAUAUGCAUGCAUGCAUGCAAUGAAGUGAUGAUAUAUGUUGGUGUGCUGCCUGGUAUCGGAAACCCUAGUUGGCAGGUUGGACAAUAGUGUAUGCAGUAUGAGAUGGAGAUAAUAUAUCUUAAAUAAGCUCUUUGUA